GCUCGCUCAGCGUCGAGUUCAGUCUGUGAGUUUCUCUCGAUUCUGCGCGUUGCGUACUCGGUUCGGUUCGGUUCGAUACGAUUUUUUUGCUCCGCUGCGCUUUGCAGAGUUGAUGGUUUGAUUUUUUGUUUAACUACAAAGUGUACAGAGUAAUUUUUUCAGUGAAUUUGUAAUUCUUCCGCCUUGCGAGUUGAAACGUUUUCGGUAUAAACAAAUUGGAACGUUUCGGUUUUUAAUUCUACGUUUGCCAUAAUUGAAAAAUAGAAAAGAAGAAAAAUCACGUUCGCAUUAAACUGUGCGUAAAAAAAUUACAAAAAUAAAAAUAAAAAUUAAGGGAAAAUUGUCGACACUCCCACAGAGUUUUCCCAUUUUCGCGUUCCCGAUUUGCACAUCAUUUGUAAAAGGGGAAUUGUCGAAAUCGCUUCUGCGUAAGUAAAAUACUAGCGCGACGUGAUAAAUUUCACAAAAGCAAAGUGGUUUACUGCUACCAAAUAACUUUUUGGAAAAAUAAUAUUUAAUACCAAAAAAAGUGCUGCCAUAUUCCAAAAAUUUAUCUCCGCAAUAUGCGAAAUUCCCAAAAAGUGCCAAGUGUUAAUCAGUGAUUGUACGUAUUAGAAAACAAAUAAACAACAACAACAAACAACUAUUUAUUUACAUAAAUACUUAAUAUAAGGGAAAUACAACAAAAAAUGCAAAGAGCACAAAAUUAACCUAAAUAAGAAAAUUAUACAACAAAAUAAUUAAAUCAGCAAUAAAAUCCAAAAAUUGCAGUAAAACAAAUUGCAAAUCUGUCUGCGAGCCCCAAAAACGAAAAACAAAAUCGCAAACCAAAAAAGUAAAAGUAAAAGCUCCUUAAAACAAAAAUAAAAAAACAAAAAAAAAGCACCCGGCCACCUUUCUACCUGUCCGAUUUGCAAUAAAUUUAUUUGUUUUUUUUUUCCUGUUCACCGCUUGAUAUAAACUGGCUGCAUGAAAAACAUAACCAGCUCCGGCACUUGUGGCAGUGGCCUGCUGCAGUUGCAAAACAAUCUCAGCAACUCAGCUACCAAUACAUCGACAAUCGUCGGCAGCGGCGGCAGUAUUGUCGACGACGAAGACGCCAUCCUGCACGAAUCAAAACAAAAAGACGGUAUAGUCGGACCCGGCACCAUUACGUCACCGUGGCCACCGAUGAGUGCCGGCCCGCCAGGAGCACUAGGGCCGGCAGACACAAAUGGCAGUAUGGUGGAUAGUAAAAAUUUGGAUGUCGGCGAUAUGAGCGACGACGAAAAGGAUCUCUCCUCUGCCGAUGCGGAAGGCGUGUGGAGCCCCGACAUCGAACAGAGUUUUCAAGAGGCUCUCUCCAUAUAUCCGCCAUGUGGACGACGGAAAAUCAUUCUAUCCGAUGAGGGUAAAAUGUAUGGCCGAAAUGAACUCAUCGCUCGUUACAUCAAACUACGCACAGGCAAGACGAGAACACGAAAGCAAGUCAGCUCGCACAUACAGGUUCUGGCCAGACGGAAAUUGCGUGAGAUUCAGGCGAAAAUUAAAGUCGAACCUAACGGCAUCGGUGGCAUCAAUGGCCACGCACAUUCGUUGCAUUUGCUAAGCGAAAAGGAGAAAGCACUGCAGGCUAUGAGUGGCAUGACCAGCUCACAAAUUGUAUCAGCGCAAGCAGCCAAGAAUCUUGCCUUUGCCGCUUCGGCUGCUGCAUUUUCCGCAGCCGGUAUGCAUCAGUCAGCGCACGGGACUGUGGGACCACCAGGACAAUCAGCACCACCACCAGCUGCACUUCCGCCUGCGUCAUCUUCGUCGGCGGCGUCGUCGUCAGUGUCAUCGUCGGCAGCAGUGGCAGCAGCUGCGGCAGCGGCGCAUUUAGUUGGACCGCAUUCACACCUGCAUCCGCACGCGCCUACGCAUCAACACCACCACCAUCAUCACCACCACCACCUGAGCCACUUGAACCACCUGAACCACCUUAGUCACCAUCACCAUCCCACCGCCAGUACACAUCCGCAUUCGCAUUCGCAUGCACAACCGCACACGCAUCCGCACUUGCCGCAAACGUCAGCGGGCCCGGCUUAUUUGCAGCAACAUCAAGCGGCUGCAGCAGCGGCGGCGGCGGCAGCGGCAGCAGCACAAGUACACCAAAGCUCCGCCGGCACGACGACCACAUCAACAGCAGCAGCAGCCGGUCUGCCACACACCGCACACACGCAUGCGCAUACGCCACUCCAUCAUCCACCAAUGUAUCCGGGCCAAUUCUGGCAGCCCGGUCUACAGCCUAGCACCUCACAAGAUUUUUACGAUUACAGCAUCAAGCCAUUCGCACAACCCCCCUAUCCCGCCGGCAAACCAUCUACAGCUGUAUCUGGUGACAUCGAAGCAGGACUUCCGCCAGCACAACUACCGUGGGAGGGCAGAGCGAUAGCGACGCACAAAUUCCGUUUGCUCGAAUUCUCGGCAUUCAUGGAAAUACAAAGACAGGAUAUCUAUCACCGGCACUUGUUCGUACAACUCGGCGGCAAACCGUCCUUCUCCGAUCCGCUACUCGAGACUGUUGACAUCCGGCAGAUCUCUGAUAAGUUCCCUGAAAAAUCAGGCGGUCUUAAAGAUCUCUACGAAAAAGGUCCACAAAAUGCCUUCUACUUAGUUAAAUGUUGGGCAGACUUGAAUACUGAAAUUACCGGCAGCGAGACGGGCGAUUUCUAUGGCGUUACGAGUCAAUAUGAGAGUAACGAGAAUGUUGUGCUCGAGUGUUCGACAAAAGUGUGCUCGUUCGGCAAGCAAGUAGUUGAAAAAGUGGAAACGGAAUUGUCACGCUUGGAGAAUGGUCGCUUCGUAUAUCGCAUACAUCGGUCGCCGAUGUGCGAAUAUAUGAUAAAUUUCAUACAAAAAUUGAAGAACCUACCUGAACGAUAUAUGAUGAACAGUGUGCUGGAGAACUUUACAAUACUGCAGGUGAUGCAAUCGCGAGAGACAGAAGAGACCCUGCUCUGCAUAGCGUACGUGUUCGAGGUGGCUGCCCAAAAUAGCGGCGCCACACAUCACAUCUACCGAUUGAUAAAGGAAUAGCAUGAAC